AUGGAGUGCCGGGACCUGGACCUGGUGGUUGUGGGCGGAGGCCCUGGCGGUUACGUCGCGGCAAUCAAGGCUGCGCAGCUGGGACUGUCCGUCACUUGCAUCGAGGGCCGCGGCACGCUCGGCGGGACGUGCCUGAAUGUCGGGUGCAUUCCCAGCAAGGCUCUGCUCCACUCGUCGCACAUGUACCACGAGGCUACGCACGCCUUCAAGGCCCAUGGUGUGGAAGUCAGCGGUGUCAAGGUCAACUUGGAGAAGAUGAUGCAGCAGAAGGCGAACGCGGUGUCGAGCCUGUGCAAGGGCAUCGAGGGACUGUUCAAGAAGAACAAGGUCGAGUACGUCAAGGGCUGGGGCAAGCUCGUGGGCACGGGUCACGUGAGCGUGUCGAUGAGCGACGGCUCCACCCAGGACAUCAAGGCCAAGAACAUCAUGCUGGCCACCGGGUCGGCGCCGUCGUCGAUCCCCGGCGUGACCAUCGACGAAGAGCGCAUCGUGUCGUCGACCGGCGCUCUGGACCUGAAGGAGAUUCCGAAGAAGCUUAUCGUGAUCGGCGGGGGCGUGAUCGGCCUGGAGAUGGGGUCCGUGUGGUCCCGACUGGGCUCUGACGUCACGGUCGUGGAGUUCACCCCGGACAUCGUGCCCUCUCUCGACGCCGAGGUCCGUCGGCACUUCAGGCGCUCCCUUGAGAAGCAGGGCAUGAAGUUCAAGCUCAAGACGGCCGUCAAGAAGGCCACCGUGCAGGGCAACACCGUCAAGGUCGAGGUCGACGCGACCGACGGUGGCAAGCCGGAGACGCUGGAGGCCGACAUCGUGCUCGUCUCCACGGGCCGCAAGCCCUUCACGGAGGGGCUGGGUCUUGAGGAGGCUGGCGUGGCGGUCGACAAGCAAGGCCGCGUUGAGGUCGACGAGCACUUCAGGACGAACGUGCCCGGCGUGUUCGCCAUCGGCGACAUCAUCAAGGGGCCCAUGCUGGCCCACAAGGCUGAGGAGGACGGCGUCGCCUGUGUGGAGAUGAUCGCCGGCCAGGACGGGCACGUGGACUACAACAAGGUCCCUGGCAUCAUCUACACGGCCCCGGAGGUCGCCGACAUCGGUAUGACUGAGGCGCAGGCCAAGGAGAAGGGCCUCAAGUACAAGGUCGGGAAGUUCAGCUUCAUGGCCAACUCGCGGGCGCGGGCCGUCGACCUCGCGGAGGGCAUGGUCAAGAUGGUCGCGGAGGCCGACACCAACAAGAUCCUCGGGGUCACCAUCAUGAGCGCCAACGCAGGCGAGCUGAUCCACGAGUGCGUCGUGGCCAUGCAGCACGGCGCCACCGCGGAGGACAUUGCCCGUUCCUGCCAUGGCCACCCCACCCUCUCCGAGGCAGUCAAGGAGGCGGCGAUGGCCGCUGUCUUCGGCACCCCUAUCCACAGCUGA